GCAAUGUGAAAUGAGGUGGCGGGUUGUGAGCCACCAGAAUGAGCUAAGAUUUGGAUUUGGGGUAUCUAAGUUGGGGAGUGGGGGAGAAAGAGGAAGAGGAACUCAAGGCAAGAAAGGCAUCUCAAUGGCGUCCAUUGCUGGUGGCGCAGCUCUUGCAAGACCAGAGUUUCUGGGCAUCUCCUUAUCACUCAAAUCAACAACAUCUUCUCCACUGCGAGUCGUUUCUCUGUUUGGCCUGGGAAAGAAGAAGGCGGCACCUCCUCCUCCUCCUCCCAAAUUCAAGUCUGCACCCGCUCCUGCCAACGAUGAGCUCUCCAAGUGGUACGGACCCGACAGGAGGAUCUUUCUGCCCGAAGGUCUGCUUGACAGAGCUGAUAUUCCCCCAUAUCUCAACGGAGAAGUUCCUGGAGACUAUGGAUACGAUCCCUUCGGAUUGAGCAAGAAACCAGAGGACUUUGACAAGUACCAAGCAUAUGAGCUGAUUCAUGCUAGAUGGGCAAUGCUUGGAGCUGCAGGGUUCAUCAUCCCUGAGGCGUUUAACAAGUUCGGUGCUUAUUGUGGCCCUGAAGCUGUGUGGUUCAAGACCGGGGCUCUUCUUCUUGAUGGAGGCACACUAAGCUAUUUUGGUGCCAGCAUUCCCAUCAAUUUAGUGGUUGCUGUGAUUGCAGAAGUGAUUCUUGUUGGUGGAGCUGAAUACUACCGGGCUACAAAUGGGCUGGGGCUGGAGGACAAGCUUCACCCGGGGGGACCAUUUGAUCCACUGGGAUUGGCCAAGGAUCCAGAUCAGUUUGCAUUGUUGAAGGUGAAAGAGAUAAAGAACGGAAGGCUGGCUAUGUUCUCGAUGCUUGGAUUCUUCUUGCAAGCAUACGUUACAGGGAAGGGCCCCGUGGAAAAUCUGGCUGCCCAUUUGAGUGAUCCUUUUGGAAACAACCUCCUCACCGUCAUCGGAGGAGAGCGCGCCCCUUCUUUGUAGAAACCAAUGGAGUUGUACCAUUUGCUCCAUCAUGCUUUCUUUUCAUUUCUCCCUCUACAUAACGCUCUUAUUAUAUGUGGUAAUGAAAGAGGAUUACAGUGUGCUUUCUGGAAUUGGAAUUGCAAGAACAAAGAAUAUUAAUUACCUAGCAAAUAUAUUUUCUUCUA